UUACAUUCAGGAUUCCUUGUUUGGCCUACUUUUUAACCCGCUCGCAAAAACGGAAACACGUGUUAUUAUCUCCCUUUGUUUACAUUCCCACAAUGCAAUGCGCACCAUGCGAGAGCACGAGAUGUUGCCUCCAUUAUUUCAGUUUCUUGUUUUCGGCGCUACAGUCAACAUUGUAGCUAAUUUACAAGUUUCUACAAUUCGCUCGCGGUGUUUGUUGGUAGGUAUGGAAUCGGAUAGUGAACAGCCAGAGGCCAGAAUACCUGCCGUAGAAGAGAAAGACGAAAUUAGUGUAGAAAAACUUUCUGAUUCGGACUCAGAUUUUUCGACCACGCACUCGCAGUCAUCUGCGUUGUCAGUGCAUUCUCAUGCGGGGACAGCCCCAAAGAAGCAUUCUAAGUCUAAAUCAAAAUAUAAGACUCUGGAAAAGAAAUUUAACCAGUUAGAUGAAAAAUUGAACAGGGUUUUGACCCAAUUGGAUGUAAAUUCUGCCACGUCAAAAAAGUCAGCAACACGUGGUCGGUCGUUGUCUUUAUCCGAAAAUAGUGACUCUGAAGGUCAAGAUUCGAGGGAGGACGUUUUGUCCUUGCAUUCUAACAGUAAAUUUUCUGAUGGUGAAAUUUCUGACUCUAAUGAUGAUAAUUUGAGUGGUGAAACAAAAAAAUGCUUGUUUGACAUUUUCGGGGAAGAUGCAAAAGUGAAGUCAAAACCAAAGCCACAGGGUUUAAAACUUGAUGACUCCCAGAAGGAAGUUCUUGAGGCUAAUUACAGGUGUAAUUCUCCAAAUCUUUUGACUGCUUUUUCUGAGGACACUCUUGACAUGUUCCCAAUUGACGAGUCUACAGAGACUUUUUUGCAGGUCCCACCACUUGACCCAUUUGUGGAGAAUUGCCUUAUCAAAAGACAUGGUAAUGAAGCUGCUUUUUCUAAACACAAAGUCAAAGGCCUUUUUACUCAGCCCUGUAAAUCUGUUGAGCGUAUUGCCUAUAAGGGUCAACAUGCCGCUCGUCUUGGAAUGGUGAUUCAAAUGUACAUUCAGCAGAGCUUAGGAAAUCUGUUAGAACUAGUACAGUCUGAGCAAUUCGACAAAUCAUCUGCAGUAAAACAGAUCAAGGAUGUUUUUGCAAUGUCAACAAAAGGGUUAGAACAGCUCGGUAGAACAGCUGCACUGCAUCAUAUUAUCAGGAGGUCUCUCGCUAUGUCAGAUACUGCCUUGUAUGACCUUAGUGAUGCCAAUGAUUUUAGAAAUUUGCCUUUGCGAGGUGAUGGCGUCUUUGGUGGAGAUCUCGAUGGUUUGUUGAAAAACAGAAAAGAGAAGAAAAAGCAGCUAGAAGAUUUGGUACCUGAUAUACAACGAAAGAGGAAAUUUGACAUGAAUAUGUCAAGUUCAAGUUCAGUUGCUAAAAAGGGCAAGUAUAGCCAUGUAGGGAGGUCUUCUUCUCCUAAACCAGCUUCAUCUUGGCAGCCAGGGAAUUUUCGUAUCCCCAGAGUACCACAGUCUAAUAGAUACCAGAGCAGACAGUCGUCCUAUUCAAAAGGAACCACGAGAGACACUUUCCGCAGUAAGCCUUCAUCCUCGGGAAGAGGACAUGGGAAAACUGGGAGACAGUGACUCGAUUGCUUACGAAGAUCACCAUUUGAACCCCUCAGGGAUGCACCAUUGAAGUUCCUGACCCUGAAGACUUGUUUUUUGGUCGCCGUCACAUCAUUCCGAAGAUGCAGCGAUAUUCAGUCUAUGACCUUGGGAGAAGGCUG